AUGACGGAUCACGAGGCGAAUGGCGCUGAGGCGUCCUCGAAACCGCACCUUCCUUCUGCCGGCACUAGUCUCGUAGACCCACCGGCUUCGACACAAGAAAGCAACGAUGCUGCCGGGCAUACGUCGACGGAACAAAUCGAUGGUGAUCACGCCUCGACAGCAGCAUCUCAAAUUGGUGGGCAGCCCGAUGCACCAGCAGGGGAAGACCAAGAGGUCUCUCUUCCAGCCUCGGAGGAGAUCCGACUGGAUGACGCAGCGCCGGAAGAGGCACCGCUAGCCACAGCGGGAGUCCCCGACAUCGCCAUCACCGACACCACCGAAACCAUCCCCUCGGGCCUCAACGGAGCAUUCGAACAAAACGAAGGAUCUUCCCACGCACAGCCUCACUCAGCACAGCAAGGCGCGACAGCAACGCCGGAAGCACCCGAACCACCCGCAAAGGAAUCUUUGCCGCAGCAAGUCACUCGCCAAAGCAUCGUCGACAGUGCCAACGAGCCACCAGCAGAUACCGCAGCGCAGGCAACACCGCCACCUCCCGAAGCAUCCAGCUCUCGCGCUAGCAUGGCAAGGACGCGCCGCUCUUCUUCGGUUUCGACCACCACCACCAAUGCCACCACCGUCCAUUCACGCUCCAGUCUCAAAAGCUUGAACAAAGGCAGCGCCGUCUUUGUCGUUUCUGCGCUCGAGACCAUCGCCACCUCGAAAGAAGCCAAGAAGAACAAGGAGCUCAAAGAAGCUGCCAAUGGGGCCUUGGACAUGGUCAAGGCAGCGGCCGCCUACACCGCGUCGCCAAACUCAGCAGAAGCGGAGCAGCCCGUUCUGGAUCCCCGCGUCGUAUUUGAACCGCUUCGGCUGGCGUGCAGAACGCGCAGCAACAACCUCACCAUCACCAGUCUCGACUGCAUCAGCAAGCUCGUCAGCUACGCCUUCUUCGCUGAGGACGACCCCACCGCUGUGGCCAGUGCCAUCAUCGCUGCUGGUCAGCCACCGCAGACACUCGCCGAUCUUGUCACAGAGACCAUCUGCGACUGCUAUCAGGAGAACUUGGACGACAAAGUCGCGCUGCAAAUCAUCAAGGCGCUACUCGCUUCCGUGCUGUCGACCACCGUGCACGUUCACCAGUCGAGCUUGCUCACAGCGGUGCGCACCGUGUACAACGUCUUCCUCAUGAGCAAAUCGCCCGCCAAUCAGGCCAUUGCUCAGGGCAGUCUCACGCAGAUGGUCCAUCACGUCUUUGCACGCGUGCCACGAAGCGGUACUCCCGCUUCUGGGGCCGUCUCAGCGUCUCACAGCACUUCUGACGUCUCUCAGCUGCGAUCCAACGGCAACUCGAGCGCUCACAAGGAGGAAGAUUCAAACGCUGACGCAGCUGAGACGAACGGACAAAAUGAGGCGGACAAUGCGGACGCACAGAGCGCAGCAGCAUCAGCCAAAGUUGAAAAGGUCACGCUUCAAAGCCUCGAGGACCGCAAGUCAUUCGAGGGCGCAUCAGAACGCGACAAUGCCGGCAGUCUUGCCAACAUGAGCACGGCCGAGCUUUUCGUCAAGGAUGCCUUCCUCGUCCUGCGCGCUCUGUGCAAGCUUACGAUGAAGCCCCUCGGUGCCGAGAGCGAGCGCGACCUCAAGUCGCACGCAAUGCGAUCGAAGCUGCUCUCGCUGCACCUCAUCCUCACCAUCCUUCAAUCACACAUGGCCAUCUUCACUGACCCAAGCGUCAUCAUCCACAGCACCACCACCGGCGAGCAGACCCAAUUCGUUCAAGCCGUCAAGCAGUACCUCUGCCUCAGUCUCAGUCGAAAUGCCGUUUCGAGCAUCAACCAGGUCUUUGAGAUCAGCUGCGAGAUCUUCUGGCACAUCCUCGAUGGCAUGCGCACCAAGCUCAAGAAGGAGAUCGAGGUGUUGCUCAACGAGAUAUUCUUGCCCAUCCUCGAAAUGCGCACGUCGACGGCAAAGCAAAAGUCGAUCCUGCUCGGUGUGCUGAUUCGCCUCUGCCAGAGCCCGCAAGCACUGGUCGAGAUCUACCUAAACUACGAUUGCGACAGGACGGCGCUGGACAACAUCUACGAGCGACUGAUGAACGUCAUCUCCAAGAUCGCACAGGCGCACGUAACAGCAAGUGCCGACGGAAAGACAGACAAGGACGCUGCUUCGUCUGCUGCGUUGCCGAGAGCUAGUACUUCGGGACCUGCGAUCCCACCAACGCUCAGCACCGCUGGCGACGAUCCGACGCAGUCGUCUUCCGGUGGCAGUCAGUCUGUGGAGGCCCGACUCAAGCGACAGGGUCUGGACUGCCUCUGCUCCGUGCUCCGCUCGCUGGUCGAAUGGUCCAGCCGCGCCUCUGCAUCCUCUGAUGCCGCUGGCCAACACCUCAACGGGCACCCCGGGGAUACGACUGGCUCGCCGCGUGCUAGCGAAGAGGUUCGUAUCGGCAACGAGACUGUCACCCUUGACAGCGAGAACCUCAUGGAUUCCGGCGGCCAAUCCAGUCCGGCUGCCGGAGCGCAAGGCCAGCCUUCGCAUCUGGGCACGAGCGGCAUCACAGAGAUCGCUCGCGACCAGACGCCCGAGCCACAAGAUGACCCAAGCCGCUUCGAGAACGCCAAACAGCGCAAGACGCUCCUGCUCGAAGGCAUCCGCAAGUUCAACUUCAAGCCCAAGCGCGGGAUUGAUGUCCUCGUCAAGGACGGCUUCAUUCGCUCGCGCGAGCCCGCCGACAUUGCGCGUUUCCUGCUUUAUGCCGACGGCCUCAGCAAGGCGCAGAUUGGCGAGUUCCUCGGUGAAGGUACACCGGAGAGCAAUGCCAUCAUGCACGCGUUCGUUGACCUGAUGAACUUCGAAGGUCUCGAAUUCACCGCCGCGCUUCGACGCUUCUUGCAAGCAUUCCGUCUGCCAGGAGAGUCGCAAAAGAUCGAUCGAUACAUGCUCAAGUUUGCCGAGCGAUUCAUCCACGGCAACCCGAACGCCUUUGCCAAUGCAGACACCGCCUAUGUCUUUGCCUACUCGGUCAUCAUGCUCAACACUGACGCGCACAAUCGACAGGUCAAGCAUAGGAUGACAUUGCAGGACUUUGUCAAGAACAACUCGGGCAUCGACGACGGCAAAAGUCUGCCGGAAGAGUAUCUGCGUUCUGUGUAUGACGAGAUCCAGACCAACGAGAUCAAGAUGAAGGACGAGGUGGCUGCUCCUGCGCCUGCAUCGUCUUCGUCGUCCGGUCUGGCGAAUGCCAUUGCUGGAGCGGGACGAGACCUGCAACGAGAAGCGUACGUGUUGCAGUCCGAGGGCAUGGCGAACAAGACCGAGGCGCUCUUCCGCACCAUGGUCCGCGCACAGCGACGCAUCGCGCCUCAGCAGCGUGCGGCCGCCGAGCAGUUCUUCUCCGCCUCGCACUUUGAGCACGUCAAGCCCAUGUUCGAGGUCGCUUGGAUGCCCUUCCUAGCCGGUAUCUCUGGUCCUCUGCAGGAGUCGGAUGACCCUGAUGUCGUCGAGAAGUCGCUCGAGGGCUUCCGAGACGCGAUCAAGAUUGUCUGUUUCUUCGGUCUCGAGCUGGAGCGAAACGCCUUUGUCACGACGCUGGCCAAGUUCACCUUCCUCAACAACCUGGGCGAGAUGAAGAGCAAGAAUGUCGAGGCGAUCAAGCUGCUGCUCGGUGUGGCGCACAGCGAGGGUAACUACCUCAGAGGCAGCUGGAGGGAAGUGCUGGCCUGUGUCAGCCAGCUGGAGCGCUUCCAGCUCAUCAGUGGCGGCAUGGACGGUCGACAACUGCCCGAUCUCGGCAGGCGCAUUUCUUCGGCCAACGCGGCAGCGGCUAACGGCAACAAGGCUCGACAGCCCUCGUUGCCCAACAACGAAGUCUUGCAGGCGGGCGGAUCUUCGGAAGUCACUGUCGCAGCCGACCGAGUCUUCUCAUCCAGCGGCUCGCUGUCCGGCACGGCGAUCGUCGACUUUGUGCAAGCGCUCUCCGACGUCUCGUGGGAAGAGAUCCAGUCCUUUGGCCUCAGCGAGCACCCACGCAUGUUCUCGCUGCAAAAGCUGGUCGAGAUCUCGUACUACAACAUGGGCCGUAUCCGACUGGAGUGGUCCAACAUCUGGGCCAUCCUCGGCGAGCACUUCAACAUGGUCUGCUGUCACCCCAAUGUGCACGUCUCCGCCUUUGGUCUGGACUCGCUUCGACAGCUCGCGAUGCACUUCCUCGAGAAGGAGGAGCUGCCCCACUUCAAAUUCCAGAAAGACUUCCUGAAGCCGUUCGAGAUCACCAUCCAGCGCAACAGGAACUCGGAAGCGAAAGAGAUGGUGCUGCAGUGUCUUGCGCAGAUGAUCCAGUCGAGGGCGGACAACAUUCGAUCCGGAUGGAGGACCAUGUUCGGCGUGUUCAGUGCUGCAGCCAAUGUGUCGUCCGAGCGGGUCUCGGCGCACGCCUUUGACCUCGUUCGCCAUCUCAACGCCAACCACUUGGGCGUCAUCAUCAUCAACGGCUCCUUUGCAGAUCUGUGCAUCUGCUUGACCCACUUCGCCAAGUCGAACAAGCAGAAGAUCAGUCUCAAGGCCACCGAGCUUCUGCGCGGGAUGGUGAAGGCGAUGCUCGACGCCAAGGAGUGCCCCAUUGAGGAAGGAGGCGAUCCCGGCCCCGCGGUCAGCACGCCCCUGACGGACGAUCCGAUGGUUCGCUUCUGGUUCCCGGUCCUCUUUGCCUUCCGCGACAUCAUCAUGACCGGAGAAGACCUCGAGGUCCGUCGCGUCGCGCUCGACAGCCUCUUCUCCAUCCUCAAGCGAUACGGCAAGUCCUUCCGUCCCGAUUUCUGGGACACCGUCUGCCAGGAAAUCCUCUUCCCUAUCUUCUCGGUCCUCCACUCGCGUCAGGACGUAGCGCGCUUCUCGAGCAACGAAGACAUGUCCGUCUGGCUCAGCACCACGCUCAUCCAAGCUCUUCGGAACUUGGUCGACCUGUGGACGUUCUACUUUGACACGCUCGAGCGGUUGCUACCCGGGCUGCUGGAACUGCUGUGCGCAUGCAUCUGCCAGGAGAACGACACGCUGGCGAGGAUCGGCACGAGCUGCCUGCAGAGUCUGCUGGAGAAGAACGUGCGGAAGCUCAGCGAGGAGAGGUGGGGAGCGGUGGUGGAUACGUUUGUGCAGUUGUUUAGGACGACGACGGCGCAUCAGCUGUUCGAUCCUGUGUUGCGGGCGGAUGGUAGCGGAACGAGUGCUGGGAGUCCGGCGGAGUCGCCCAGGGAUGUCGCGGGGGCCAAUGGGAACCCGCUCUCCCCUGCGGCUGACGCUUCGCGACAGGUCGGCGAGCCAGCAGCAGCGGCAGCAGUGCAACCGAUGUCCGGCUCGGAACGACGUCGCAUCUUCAAGCAGAUCAUCGUCAAGUGCGUCCUGCAACUGCUGCUCAUCGAAACGACCCAGGAGCUGUUGCAAAACGAAGAGGUGUAUCAGACCAUGCCUGCCGCUCAACUCCUCCGACUCACGUCCGUCCUCGAGGACUCGUACACCUUCUCGAAACGCUUCAACGCCGACAAAGACCUCCGUGUCGCACUGUGGAAGGUGGGGUUCAUGAAACAGCUCCCCAACCUGCUCAAGCAGGAAUCGUCCUCUGCCGCCACACUGGUGCACAUCCUCGUGCGCAUGCAUGGCGAUUCCCGACCGGCGCAUGUGGGGCUUCACACGCAGAUUCGCGACGAGCUCGUUCCUUUGGGCUACGAGAUCGUGUGCGGCUUCCUCCCGCUCGAUCCCGAGACCCAGGCGAGGAAUAUUGCUGCAUGGAGCCCUGUCGUCGGCGAAAUUUUUACAGGCAUCUGCACGUUCGAUGGCGAGGUGUUCACGCAACACAGCAAGGAGUUUUAUGCGCUCGCGGUGGAUCUGUUGUCCAAAGAACCGCUGCCAGGGGAGAUUGCAGAGGCGCUCAGGGUGUUCCUGUUCAAGGUGGGCGUGAGUAGAGGGAUGAUCGAUGUGGAGAAGGAGGCGGAGAGGAAGAGGAAGAUCGCAGACGGCAAGGAGAGGGAGAAGGUGUUGGGUGAGGGGAUGAGGAGGAGUAGCGGACCGCGGUCGCCUUAG